AGUAAUUAGUCUGUUAAGUAUUUAUCUUUAUCUCUUCUCAUAUCAUCAUAUUAACAAAAAAAUCAACUGUCAUAUACAAGAGACCCUCGACAUCUGGAGAGCAUUAUCCCAUCAGCAUUGAUAAUUAAACGGGUGCAUGGUAUCAUGGCGGACAAUCGUCCUUCGCGCGAACGUCCGCACCCGGAUGUUGUCAUUAGCCAGACAUCAGACGGUACCAGGGGUCGAAGUCGGGCAGAGUCAUUCCAACGGAUGGGGAGUGGUAAACAAAAACCAUCGCCGCCAGGUCUAAGCCGAAUAAGAAGCAUUGGUAGAAAUGAAAGAUAUGGCCGCCUUUAUCCUACGCAGCCGCCCCAACAUAUUAGUCCGAAUAGAUCCGCCGAGGGUUCCCAGCAUCUAAGUCCUAAGAGGAUAGACCUAGCUCAUGCGAGGAGACCCUCUCUGAAUUUCGCUCGCUUGCCUCCUCUUACGACCGUCGCGUCUUCUGGAGAACAAACGGCAAACGAUUCUCAGUAUGACUACGUAGAGCGCUCCCCUGACGAAAGCGGGACUACUCAGGCCCAAUUUGAUACAUCUUCAUGGACACCCAUAACGCGUCCAUCUUCGGGUGCGUUCGGCGACAAUAUGUAUCAAUAUCACGAGCUUCGGAAAAUGGAUUUUAGGCUGGUCCGGCUGUUCGCAACUAAGAUGUCGACUAUCAAAUGCCAAAUAAUCCAUGAAUCAUUAAUAUCCCCUCCGAAAUAUACGGCCAUAUCUUAUGCCUGGGGGGACGUUGACGACAAAAAAGAAAUACAAGUCAACGAUAUUACCGUUCCUGUUACAGCUAGUCUCUUCGGAGCUCUUCAAGCUGUGCGAGAAAGAGGAGAGGAUAAACUUGUGUGGGUUGAUGCGCUAUGCAUCAAUCAACAGAGUCGAGAUGAGCGAAACCAGCAGGUUGGGUUGAUGACCGGGAUCUAUGCCCAAGCCGAAGAGGUCGCGAUCUGGCUAGGACCAGAAGAAAAUAAUAGUAACCUAGCCAUAGAAUUUCUGGAAGAACUUCGUAGCGAACAGGGUUUCCCAGAUCAGAUUUCCGAUUUAAUAUCGUCUCCGAAUAAAGAGCAGGCUAUCAGAGCCAUGGUUUUGUUAUUCCAGAGAGACUACUGGAACAGGUUAUGGGUCGUCCAAGAAGUUUAUAACGCAAGAGUCAUAAAGGUCCUUUGUGGUUCCACGAAACUUCCAUGGGAGACUUAUAAGAUGGCGGCUGAUGCGUUCCGAUAUUACAAGGAUGACCUGGAUGCGUACUUCUCGGGGGAUUCAAGUUCGCCGAGUGCGUUCGAUUACGCCCAAGCAUUGGCAUACGAAGGCCCGAACAGUCUCCUGGCAUCGGAUUCACUAAAACGCCUCGGUGCAGAUGCGCUCCUCAGCGUAAUGCGAGUUUGCAGAAGAAAGCACACUAGUGAGCCUCGUGAUCGAGUUUUCGGGAUCCUAGGCGUGCUGCCAGAGAAUGUGCGCGAUGAAUUCAUAGUUGACUAUAGCUUGUCAAUUAAGAAAAUCUAUACCGAUGUUAUAGACAUCCUUCUCCACGCGACUGAACGUCUGGACUGCAUUUGUGAGGCGAUUCAUUUCCCAAGGCGGACUAAUACCGCCAAUUUACCGUCGUGGUUACCGGACUGGUCACAGAACUCGGAAAUUACGGCGUUGGGAUACUCGUUUGAUUUCGCAGCAGGAGGAAAUUCAAAGGCGCGACAUCAAUUUCUGAGAAAUAGAAACGAGCUUGAGAUAUCAGCCGUGUAUAUCUCUUCAAUCCAGCAACAUGGCGUAGCUGUGGGUACUAUGUGUACUCUAGCAGACUAUCUGAUGGCAUUCCUGAACUGGAGAGCUUUGCUGCUCGGAUCCGUUAGCCGAGAGAAUAGUGAAAUCCGAAGAAUGGAAGAGGCGUUCUGCAGGACAUUGUCUCUAGGACAGUUCCCUAAGAGAUGGAAGGGUAAGCCGGAAGAUUGGGUAACAACAUGUUACCAUGAAUUUGCAUCACAUCUUCAUAAGCGGCUCCCACAACUGCAACUGGAUGAUAACCUCCGGUCCUAUCUGGAUGCAGGGGUGAAGAUAAAGCCCAAUCCUCGUCAGUUUUUCCAAAGUAACUUUGGUUCGCGCAUGAUGGGGCGCUGUCUCUGCAUCACUGACGACGGCGAUAUUGGGAUGGGUACGGGGUUUAUGUUACCCAAUGAUUUGGUGGUUGUUCCAUUUGGUUGCCGGACGCCCAUUAUCAUUCGGAAGGAAAAAGAUAAUCCUGGAAGAUAUCGAUUUGUGGGAGACGUCUAUGUCGAUGGAUAUAUGCAUGGAGAAGCUAUUAAGAACUGGGAGACUGGCAAAACAGAGCUCCACAAAUUCGUGCUUAUAUAAGAUAUUGGAGAGAUCAUCUGAUGAAGCGAUAGGCACUCAGAAAAGUUGAAUUGAGGCGGCAUUUAUCCUGUCUAAGUCAGAUAGAUUGCUGAAGGUAGACAAGAGCUAGCGCCACUUUGCAUCGGCUUUCUGAGAAGACUCACUAUCUACUAGGUAGGUACCCUCCGUCAUAGUGAGGUUCGCGCAAGUAGAGAGAAGAACGAGACGGACGGUCGCGAGAAUCCGAAGAUGUGGCCUUACACCUUGGUGUAUUGUUAUGAUUGAGUGUUGGUAUAUCAUAGAAAAUUCUUUAGAUACCAUUCUUCAUGUGGAUUUUACUUUCUGGUUACGUAGGUACCUAGGUAGAUAGAUAGGUAUUAUCGCUU